GUCAUUAUGCUUAUGCAUGCGUAGUAUUUGCUUCUUUCGGAGGCCUGUUUGUAAACCCCAGCAGACGACCAACCAAAAACCAAUCCUUCUCGAUCGGUAGAUCUUUUCUGAGGCUCAGAGUAACCUUUUGUGGUUCUCUGUUUAAAAUAGAGUUGCCAACUUUUGUGGUGUGGAUCAGCUCACUUUGCGCGGCGGUGGCUGGCAGUAAUACUGUGCAUUCCUUCUUGGCGUGUUGCGUGUAGCAUAGCAUAGGAGCGUUGUGUAUCAGCAAGAAGACGACCCUUGGUACUUGGUAAUAGAUGGCAGCACCUCCGUCCAUGCCGGCGCCGCCGCCGCCGGAGCCAAGCGGAGGCAUCGUAUCCCCCGUGGCGGUGGUGGCCUCGCAUUUCUGCGCGCCCUACGUGGUGCAGCUGGCGGUGAAGGAGAAGAAGGUGAGCCUCCGGGAAGGCGACUUCACCAUCACCGACACCAACGGCGCCGUCGUGGUCACGGUCAAGGGUGCCUUGAUCAGCAUCCACAACCGCCGCCGCCUCCUCGACGCCGCCGGCAACCCCCUCCUCUGCCUGCGCGAGAAGGUAAUCAGCAUGCACAACACGUGGGAAGCGUACAGAGGGGACAGCACGAGAUCGAGCGACCUGCUCUUCACCGCCAAGAAAUCCUCCAUCAUCCAGCCGUUCAAGACCGAGAUGCUCAUCUACCUGGCCUCCAACACCUCGCACGAGGCCUGCGACUUCAUCAUGAAGGGCAGCUUCAAGGAGAGGUCCUGCUCUUUCUACCUCGGCGGCAACAACUCCAACGCCUUGAUCGCUAAAAUGCACCGCGAGCACAGCGCCACGAGCAUGUUGCUGGGAAAGGACUACUUCAGCCUCACCGUGUUCCCGAACGUCGACUACGUGUUCAUCUCGGCGCUUGUGGUCAUCCUGCAGGAAAUUCACACGGACAAAAAUGACUGAAUGCACACCACAGGUGUCAUACAUAUGGUCAUCCUUCUGUUCUCCCUAGUGUAACCUUAUAUAAUAAUCUUAUGUAUAUUGAGGAUUGCAUAUAUAGAGACUUCAAAGCUUCUUCA